CAAGUCAUUCAUUUCAUAUCAUGCUAUUUAAGCUUCAAAAGUAGUAGCAGUAGAAGAAAAGAAUAUUGAUACUCAAUAGUAUUAUUAUCAACGUUAAUAUGGGUUUGGGCUCUAUGAUGAUUCUUGUGGUGGCCGUUACUUGGGCCGUCGCCACCGAGGCCUGUCCACCGUCGGAACGAGCUGCGCUUCUGGCCUUCAAAGCGGCUCUCCACGAGCCUUACUUGGGAAUCUUCAGCUCCUGGACCGGAACCGACUGCUGCCACAACUGGUACGGCGUCAGCUGUGACCAGACAACCCGUCGAGUCGCCGAUAUCAACCUCCGUGGAGAGUCCGAAGAUCCGAUAUUCGAGCGGGCUCACCGAACCGGCUACAUGACCGGUUACAUUUCUCCCGCCAUUUGCAAGCUCCCUAGACUCUCCAGCAUCACAAUCGCCGACUGGAAGGGAAUCACCGGAGUCAUUCCUCAGUGCAUCACCACCUUGCCGUUCCUCCGAAUCCUCGAUCUCAUCGGUAACAAGAUCAGCGGUCCGAUUCCGGUUGAUAUCGGCAGGCUCCUCCGCCUCACCGUUCUCAACUUCGCCGAUAAUCAACUCUCCGGUCCGAUCCCCCGCUCCUUAACCAACCUGUCGAGCUUGAUGCACCUCGAUCUCAGAAACAACCAAAUCUCCGGAGGUCUUCCUCGUGAUUUCCACAGGCUGGUAAUGCUCAGUCGUGCUCUGCUGAGUCGGAACCAAAUCACCGGGACGAUUCCUCCAGCCGUUUCGACCAUAUACCGUCUGGCGGAUCUGGAUCUUUCUCUGAACAGACUCGAGGGACCGAUCCCGGAGUCGUUAGGGAAAAUGGCGGUUCUGGCGACUUUGAACCUCGACGGGAAUAUGAUGUCGGGGAAUAUUCCGGCGAGUUUGAUGAACUCAGCUAUUGGAAACUUAAACUUGAGCCGAAACAAAUUGGAGGGACGUAUCCCCAAUGUUUUUGGGCCGAGAUCUUAUUUUACGGUACUGGACCUUUCGUACAACAAAUUAUCGGGCCCAAUACCCAAAACGAUAUCCUCAGCAUCGUAUAUUGGACACUUGGAUUUGAGCCAUAACCAACUGUGCGGCCCAAUUCCAGCUGGCUCGCCGUUUGACCACCUUGAAGCGUCGUCGUUUACUUACAAUGCUUGUUUAUGUGGAAAGCCUCUAAAAGCAUGUUAAAUUUGGUAAUAGUAGAUAUAAUAGAUAAUUAUAAAAAAAAAUAUAUGUUUUUUUUUUUUUAACAAAAUCAUGUCGUGAAUAUAUAAUGUAAUGGGUAUUUUUAAUUAUUGUAAUUUUUUUUUUUGGGUGGGGUGGGGGACUUGGUUUAGUUGAGUGGUCAUAUUUGAAGUUACUUAGUAAAAAAUUGAUGAGUGGGAUUCUAAGACCGUAGUCAACUUUCUAUUCGUACGAUAAUAUUGAGAAAAAUACAAAGUUUUUGUACUUGGAAAUCUCUGAAGAUCAAAACUGAAAUCAAUGUAUUUUACGAUGACAUUAAUGUAAUAACAAAAUAUUUAAAUUGAUGAUGA